GUCAGUCAAUUCAAUGUGAGUUGCAAUUUUCAGGGUUUCUUUGCUAUUCGACCUUCAUCCUCCAUCCAUGGCUUCGUCUUCAUCAGCUCGGCCUCUGAAUUUGGAUGAGAAUGCCUUUGGUGAAAUGUUAUAUAAAGGGGAAAAGAUGGGAUCAUCUGCAUCCCCCAAAGUUUAUGAUGUUUUCAUUAACCACCGAGGCCCUGAUGUAAAACAAACCCUAGCUCUUGAGCUUUAUAAUUCUCUUGAGAAGGUGGGAAUCCGAGCGUUUCUUGACUGCAAAGAGAUGGACUUAGGUGAUUUGUUUCCUUCCACAAUUCAGAAUGCCAUAUGCUCUUCAUCAGUGCAAAUUGCCAUUUUCUCUAGAAGAUAUGCCGAAUCUGUUUGGUGUUUAGCUGAGCUUGCUCUGAUGUUACAGACUAAGAGAAAGAUCAUUCCAAUAUUCUAUGAUGUUCCACCUUUUCACCUCAGAUACUUAGAAAAGGGUGUGUAUGCCGAUUCAUUCAAUUACCACACAGAGAAACGCAGGUAUCUCGAUAAACUUGAUGGCUGGAAAGAAAACCUCCGCUGUGUUUCAUUCAUGUCUGGCUACGAAUUCAACAAUAAUAAUGAGAAUUUUGCGACACUGUGUAAAAAUAUAGUGUCUGCCGUCCGAAGAGAGGUAGAAAGGAGAAGACCUUUAGAAAUUGCAAGAUAUCCGACUGGAAUGGAAGAAUUGGUUGAGGAUUUUGAGAGGGCAUGCUGGCAGAAGGAGGAGAAAGGUAAAGUGAUGGGCAUCUAUGGUAUGGGUGGGUCUGGUAAGACCACCCUUGCCAAAGAAUUGUUCAACCAAAAGCGUUCAGAAUUCAGUGCAUCUUGUUUUUUGUUUGACGUGCGAGAAUCUAAAUUGACUUAUUUGCAAACAAAGCUUCUCAAGGAUCUGGUGCAGGAAAAUCAUAUGUUUGACAGUAUACCUGAAGGAUCUAGUUAUCUCAAGUCUCGUCUGGCAUACAGCCCUUUUGUGAGUUUCUUAAUUGUUAUGGAUGAUAUAGAUCACCUGGAUCAGUUGAAUGCCUUACUGGUCAAUAAUUCUGGUAGUAUGAUCAUCGUGACAACCCGUGAUGAGAGAGUUUUGAUAAGGGCGGAAAUUAAUUGUCGUUAUAAGAUGAAAGAAAUGAAUGUCCACCAUAGCACAGAGCUCUUCUGUUGGCACGCCUUCCACCAGCCGUAUCCAACCAGCGGAUAUGAAGAUUUAGUUGAAAGCUUCGUGAAGGAGUGUGGAGGUUUGCCCCUAUCUCUUCAGGUGUUGGGUGGACAUGUUUUUGGUAGUGCUGGUAAGCAUUAUUGGAGACUAGAAUUGGAUAAAGUGAGAAAAACUCUGAAACAAGAUAUAAAGAAGAAGCUUAGAAUAAGCUUGGAAUCCCUCGACGAUGAACAAAUGCAGGUAUUCCUGGACAUUGCAUGCUUUUUCGUCAACAAAUCUAGAUAUAUGGCUUUAAGAAUAAUGGAAGGAUCGGGAUGGAGCGCUGAGCACACACUUCAGAUCUUAAUGGAUAAAUGUCUUGUUGAAGUCCAAGUGGGAAGGAGUUAUUGGAAUGGAUUUGAAUCUGAAAGCUUUCCUCUUUUGACAAUGCAUGACCACACCCGGGAUCUCGGAAGAGAAAUUGCAGAUUAUGAAUUAAGCAGUCCUAGUCGACUGUGGCGCUCUCAGUAUCUUCGUUCUCAGGAAGAAAAGGGAUUUGAGAGCAUUCUUGCUGGGAUGAGCGGUCAUAGUUUCAGAUGUCUUAAUUCCAUUUUUGACCAGUACACAACUCUUCAAUUCAGAUAUUUUUUAGGAAAUGUAAAUGAUUGUGAGGAUUCAACUUCUUUGCUUUGGCUUGAAAUUGACUCAAGUAUGUUGGAAAAGCAGGAUGAACAUGAAAAUAUCGAAGGAGAAUUCAUGUCAAGCAUGUCUUCGUCACACACUAUUCCUUCAUGGAUUCCUCUCCAAAAUUUGCAGUAUUUAAAAAUUUAUCAAGGAUCUUUCCAAAGAUUGUGGCGGAGAGAUCAUCAGGUUCCUUUGCAGCUGAAAGACCUGAUUCUUGACGGAACAAACUUGGAAGAGUUUCCAAAUCCAUUGGGAAUGUUAAGUCAUUUGGAAAAUCUAGUCCUUGCAGGAAGGGUAAAAUGGAAUGGAAGAGAAUGA